AUGGCUAUAAUCGAGGAGGUUGCCGACGCGGGGGGGCGCUCUCCAUCUCCACCCUCGUCGCCCUCGGCUGAAUACUUACUAGUACCAGCUCCCGCGCCGCCACCGGCAUUCCAACCUGUCUCGUCGCCCGACGAGCUGGCACAAGUGCUUGGUGCCCUUUCUGCCAAGCUUGCGCUUCCCGGCGACCUUCUACCCGCCUAUCUGGAAGGAAACGCCGAGGACUUUUACUCGACCUAUCGCUCCUCUGCAGACUCGACCCUGCGCGCCAUUGUCUCCGGCACAGAGGAUGUGAUGUGGGCAGACCUCACUGUGGAGCAACAGGCGACUGUUCUGGACCCGGUCGUGAGACUGAAGGGAGAGGACAAGUGGACCUCAUCAACGCUUGUGACCCUAGUGGAUGAAAUAACCUCUCGCUCCAAGCUGCCGGACGUUGCAAUCGUUCUCCUGACGACCACUUUGCGGACACUGUUUGCUCCUCACCCUUCCGUCGUCAACGCUCGUGCUCUUCCUCGCCCGGCUGGUGGCGUGUCAGCCUUGGACGACUCGAGGGGGUAUCAGCCGUGGAAGACCUCUUCUGCCGGCUGGGGAGCGGCAAACGCGCUCCGAUGGGCGGCCUCGACGCUGAGCGACGACGACGUGUUGAAGCAUUUGGGUGUCAUCCUGCCGCCGACUCUCACCUUAAUGGACGACUGGGAACCACGUUGGCGUGACACCGGCGCUUGGGUUCUCUCGUCCUUGACACACUCGAUGGGCCUACACUCUCCGCCUCUCAGCCAUGUCUUGCCAACUGCCCUCAUUCUUGUCCAUGGUCUUAAAGGUGACAAGAAGGCGAAUAAUUACGGCACGAUUGUCGACACCGCACUCGUCAAUGGCUGGUCGUAUGUGUCCUCAAACGACCGUGAUGCCCUUGCCGCGAUUGCCAACAACACUGUCAUCAUAACGCAAGAGUUGGGGACAGGGAUUGUCCGCUGGAUCAAGUCUAUCAUUCCGGCAUUACUGGAACCACUUCAAUACCCCCCAACUACCGCCUCUCUGCCACAUUUUGCUGCCAACCUUCGCGCCCUCUCCUGCGUCUUGACAACAAUCAAGGGGAGUGGUCGUAUUGCGCGUUGGCGUGGGCAGAUGCUCGACGUCGGCUCACGAUGUUGGUUGCAAGUCAGCGAGCGGGAUUGGGACAACGACUCUCAAGACCUUGCAAAGGACAUCUUGCAGUCGCUGAAAGUUGUGUUCAGCGAGAUCGAGGCUGCCUAUCCCACUGUCCGUGGAGAAGAGUUCGACCAAUUGCUGAAUGUCAACAAGAAAGCGUUUUCUUCUCUGGUAGCUGCCCACGUGUAG